AUGGGGGUCCUCUUGGUGCCUCUGGUGUUUCUGGCGAUGGUGGACUCUGGUAGUUGUAGUCUGUGGCUUUUGUCUGUGGAAGUUGUCUGUGGAAGUUGUCUGUGGCUGCAAUCUGUGGUAGUGAUGGUCUCAGAGGGCACAACAGAGGGCGUCACAACAGAGGGCGUCACAACAGAAGGCGUCACAACAGGGGGCGUCACAACAGAAGCGUCACAACAGAAGGCGUCGACGUCACAACAGAGGCGUCACAACAGAGACGUCACAACAGAAGGCGUCACAACAGAAGGCGUCUGGCGUCUCCACAGACAGAGGGCGUCACAAGCAGAGGGCGGCGUCACAACAGAAGAAGGCGUCACAACAGAAGGCGUCACAACAAGAGGCGUCACAACAGAUGGCGUCACAACAGAAGGCGUCACAACAGAAGGCGAGAAGGCGUCACAACAGAAGGCGUCACAUAUAGAAGGCGUCACAACAGAAGGCGUCACAACAGAUGGCGUCACAACAGAAGAGAAGGCGUCACAACAGAAGGCGUCACAACAGAGCGUCACAACAGAGGGCGUCACAACAGAGGCGCUGACAGGGGCGUCACAACAGAAGCGUCAACAAAGGCGUCACAAAGAGAGCGUCACAACAAGGCGUCACAACAGAGGCGUCACAACAGUCACAAGGGGCGUCAGAAGGCGUCACAACAGGGCGUCACAACAGAAGGCGUCACAAAAGAGCGUCACAACAGAAGGCGUCACAACAGAAGGUGUCACAACAGAGGGCGUCACAACAGAGGGCGUCACAACAGAAGGCGUCACAACAGAGGGCGUCACAACAGAGAGCGUCACAACAGAGAGCGUCACAACAGGGAAAUGCCCACAUAUCUCUCACUCAACCCCGCCAAUAUCUCUCCUCAACCCGCCAGUAUCUCCUCCUCAGCCCACGUCAAUAUCUCCCCAACCCACGCCAGUAUCUCCCUCAGCCCACGCCAAUAUCUCGUCACUCAACCCACGCCAAUAUCUCCUGCCUCAACCCACGCCAAUAUCUCGUCACUCAGCCCAUGCCAAUAUCUGUCACUCAACCCACGCCAAUAUUCUGCUCAACCCACGCCAGUAUCUCGUCACUCAGCCCAUGCCAAUAUCUCGUCACCAACCCACGCCAACACCUCCUCAACCCACGCCAAUAUCUCGUCACCAACCCACGCCAACAUCUCCCCAGUCCACGCCAAUACCUCUCAACCCACGCCAGUAUCUCGUCACUCAGCCCACGUCAAUAUCUCCUCCCAGCCCACGUCAAUAUUCCUCCUCAGCCCACGCCAAUAUCUCGUCACCAACCCACGCCAAUAUCUCCUCCUCAACCCACGCCAGUAUUCUCCCCAGCCCGUCAAUAUCUCCUCCUCAACCCACCAGAUCCCUCCCUCAGCCCACGCCAAUAUCUCGUCACUCAACCCACGCCAAUAUCUCCUGCCUCAACCCACGCCAAUAUCUCGUCACUCAGCCCAUGCCAAUAUCUCGUCACUCAACCCACGCCAAUAUCUCCGCUCAACCCACGCCAUCUCGUCACCAGCCCAUGCCAAUAUCUCGUCACUACCCACGCCAAUAUUCUGCCUCAACCACGCCAAUAUCUCUGCCUCAACCCACGCCAAUAUCUCCCCAACCCACGCCAAUAUCUCCCCAGCCCACGCCAAUAUCUCCUCAACCCACGCCAGUAUCUCGUCACUCAGCCCACGCCAAUAUCUCGUCACUCAGCCCACGCCAAUAUCUCCGCCUCAACCCACCAAUAUCUCCGCCUCAACCCACGCCAUUUCUCGUCACCAGCCCACGCCAUAUCGUCACCAGCCCACACUUCUCCUCCUCAACCCACGCCAAUAUCUCGUCACUCAGCCCACGCCAAUAUCUCCUGCCCCAGCCCACACCAAUAUCUCCUCCCUCAGCCCACGCCAAUAUCUCGUCACUCAGCCCACGCCAAUAUCUCCUGCCUCAGCCCACGCCAAUAUCUCGUCACCAGCCCACGCCAAUAUCUCCUCCUCAACCCACGCCAACAUCUCCCUCAGCCCACGCCAAUAUCUCCUCCCCAGUCCACGCCAAUAUCUCGUCACCAGCCCAUGCCAAUAUCUCCUCCCUCAGCCCAUGCCAAUAUCUCGUCACUCAGCCCAUGCCAAUAUCUCGUCACUCAGCCCACGCCAAUAUCUCCUCGCUCAACACACGCCAAUAUCUCCUGCCUCAACCCACGCCAACAUCUCUCUCAGUCCACGCCAACACCUAA